UCUUAUUAAACAGAGCCCAUGAAUUUAAAGUCACAAAAUUGAGUCCUUUUAAGUCACGGUCUUCCUCUUCACAAAUAAUCCAACCACACAUUAGUGGACUACUUAGUACUUAGUACUUACCCACCUUAUUACUUCCUUCAUCAUUCAUCCACUUCCUCUGUUUUCUUCAACCUUCACCUUCUGCUUAAACAUGGCUAAACUUAUCUUUCAUAUCUUAGUAUCUCUCUCCUAAACAACACUCACCUCAUUUGUGUUUAUCGCGGCGGGUAACCCUUAUUCUUAUCCUUCUAAUCCGCCGUCGAUGCUGAAACCGUAAUUCCACCAACCCCUGUUAGCCAAAUAGGGUCUUACCCACCUCCACCUCCAAUGUACUCUCUAGUCUCUACCACUUCUAUCUGGGAAUUUCUCACUUUCUCUCUGUUAGUUUAAUUUUGUUUCCUCUUCAGUCAGAGAGGUAGAUGUGGGUGUCCAAGGAGUCGAACAACAGUGGCCCCAAAAAUUAUAAAUGUCCUAAAAUAUAUUAUAUUGAAAAUUUUACUUCAUAUUUGAAGAAAUCAUCCUUGUUUCCCACCAUUAAUAAAUUUGUCAAUGAUUUAUCUUUAGAUUUGUAACUUUUCAUCUCUAGAACUCUAACCUCCUAUUUAAAUUUAGGGCUCAAUUUUCAUGUUAGAACAGGCCCCCAAAAUCUUGAAGACGGCCCUGUCUUUAGUCUUCACGCAAUAUUUUCUCAAAAUGGGGGACAUCUGUCCCCAUGUCCCCCUACUAGCUCCGUCACUAAUAUUAGAUAUAUCUAUCCAUUAAAAAAUUAUGAGGCCUCCAUAAAUAUGCAACGCGAAAUAAAUAUUCUUUACAUCCACCUCCUAGACCCCUUGCUUACCUCAUAAGUCAGAAUACUACAAUGGGUGUUUAGUUGGAAGAAUAAAGGCAGCGGUUGCGGUUGUACAUGUGCUGCUGAUCCUUCUCUUUAUUCGGGGCGUACUAUCUCUUAUGGUGAGUAUUAACUACUACUCAUUAUUAGAGAAAUCAGUAGAAGAAAGAGGACCCCUUGCUUUGCAUGAUACAUUUAAUGAAUUACAAAUGCAAAUUGCAUGCGAGGGACAAGCUAAGGCUCCAUUAUUCCCCCCUAGAUUGUCUGCCCUGAUCUUUAGCUUUUCAACAUGUAUUUAAAUCCCAACAAACCGGAAAAUCAAACAAAACUUACACUCCAAAUAAUUCUUCUUAUAACCAAACACCAACAAAAAAUAACAAAAAAAACCCUCACAUUCUACCUUCAUAAAUUCAUACAUUGUAGUACGUACUAUUCAUUCUAUGUCAAAUAUCUUCCUCUUCUUCCUCCUCAUCCUUCUCCCCCGCAGUAUAUUUGCUGCGGGGGGUGGCAGAUGGCAUCUACUAAAAAAAAGCAUAGGCAUUUCUGCCAUGCACAUGCAACUCUUAAACGAUGACCGUGUUAUUAUCUAUGAUAGGACCGAUUUUGGGUCCUCAAAUCUUCCGCUAGCAAGUGAAAAUUGUCGUAUAGACCCCAACGAUCAGGCCUUGCAGAUUGACUGCACGGCCCACUCGGCGGAGUACGACUCUCUCUCGAACACCUUCCGUCCCCUGACCGUGCUAACCGACACAUGGUGCUCCUCGGGAACCACCCUACCAAACGGCACCCUGAUGCAAACUGGAGGUUUCAAUGAUGGAGAGCGAGUGGUUAGAACUUUCCAACCAUCUUGUAGUGGUUGUGAUUGGGUUGAGUUCCCUAACAAGUUGUUGGACCGGAGGUGGUACGCUACUAAUCAUGUAUUACCUGAUGGUCGGUCCAUUAUUAUAGGUGGUAGAAGAGCUCCUAAUUAUGAGUUUUAUCCUAAAGAUGGUACAUCUUUUUCAUCUCAACUUUAUAAGUUACCUUUUUUGUCACAAACACAUGAUCCUCAACAAGAGAACAAUUUGUACCCUUAUGUGUUUCUUCACGUGGAUGGAAAUUUGUUUAUUUUUGCUAAUAAUCGGGCUAUUUUGUUUGAUUAUAACAAUAAUGUGAUUGUUCGGACUUACCCGACUAUCCCUGGUGGUGAUCCACGGAGCUAUCCAAGCACUGGAUCCGCGGUUCUUUUACCAUUGAAGAAUUUGGAGCUUGGAUUGAAUAUGCAAUUUGAGGUGUUAAUAUGUGGAGGUGCACCACUUGGGUCGUAUUUAAAAGCUCUAAAUAUGGGUCAGUUUUUGCCAGCACUAAAGACGUGUGCACGAAUAAAUAUUAAUGAUCAUAACCCCUCUUGGUCCUUAGAAACUAUGCCCAUGGCACGAGUCAUGGGCGAUAUGUUGAUCCUACCUAACGAGGAUGUCAUAAUAAUUAACGGGGCUGGAUCCGGUACUGCUGGGUGGGAGUUAGGCCGAGACCCGGUUCUUAGCCCGGUGAUCUACCACCCGGAUAAUAUUCGAGGAUCCAGAUUCACGGUCCAAAGAUCUACAAAUAUCCCUAGGUUGUACCACUCGAGCGCUAUUCUAUUACGAGAUGGGCGGGUUGUAGUGGGUGGAAGUAACCCCCAUAGAACAUACAACUUCACAAAUGUGCUCUACCCUACUGAACUUAGUUUGGAAGCAUUUUCACCCUCAUACUUGGAUCCGACCAAAGUGGAGAUUCGGCCUAUUAUCAAUGUUCCAAUUUCGGGUUCUAGGAUACGGUAUGGGGAAGUAAUCAAGGUCAAGUUUCUUAUUGUCGGGUCGAAUAAUCUGGAUUUAAUCAAGGUCACAAUGCUAAGACCACCAUUUAAUACACAUUCAUUUUCAAUGAGCCAGAGGUUGUUGGUGCUAACCAAUACAAAGCCCGUAAAGCUAACGGGCACGGGCCAAUUUCAAGUCAAUAUUAUGAUACCCGGAUCCGCUAAUAUCGCCCCGCCCGGGUUUUAUAUAUUCUUUGUGGUGCAUCAGAAUGUUCCUAGUAAAGGCGUUUGGGUUCAACUUACGUGAUUGUUUUUCGUCUGAUGUAUGUAGUUAAUUACUUCUUAGAUACCUCAUUUAAUUGUUCAACAAUUCUUUAAAUGAGAAAGAAAUCUAAUACGCAUUUUUUCUUUCACAAGUAAAGGUACAAAUAUAGGUGUAAAGUGUUGUACAAAAUUAAAAAUGUGGUCCAAAACUAUAGCCAACUAAAGAUCAAAUUUAUAUUUCUUUUUAAAAAAC